GGUCAUUGGUCAUGCUGUGAAUACACUGAAUACAGUUCAUUGGUUGGGUUGAAUUUACAUACAACCCACAUAAACAAAAUUUUAAAAUUUGUUUAUCUUUGUACAUCCUGCCUGCUCUAUUUCUAUUAGAUAAACAAUUUCCGAUUUUUUGAACUUCUUUGCAGAUAUGUUUACAUUGGUUUACAUGUAUAUUGAACGAAUUUCGUUAUUUUUCUAUUUGAAAUAGCAAUAGAUCUUCUGUAGAAUGGCUAGAAUACAAUGGAAAAAGUAUAGAUCUUUGACUGUAGCUGUGAGCUUGGUGGUGUUGUAUUUCAUUGUAAAAACACAAACUUAUGAACACACAGCUUUUGUAUUUCUACCCAAAGUACAUCCAAACAAGCCAUGGGAGUUUGUAGCAGACUUUAGCAACAUGAAGUACUUAAAUCCAACAAUUAUAGAUUUUAACAUUCUAGAAGAAAGUGGCAACUAUGAUCAUUGGAAAUACACAACGGAGUACAUGGAAAAUUUAUCACAUUGGCCAUAUCUACCUAACAAAGCUGUUGCCCAUUUUAAUAUAAAGGCAUCUCCCAAGAAAGAUUUGUACUAUAUUAAUUCUCUUCAUAGCACGUGUUUAUUUCAGGGAUUAUAUUGCCUGAAUGCAGAAAGUGAAUUCAAAUUUUCUCACAACAACAGAACAAAAGGAACAACAUGUGAAGAAACUGUGAAAUAUGAAUGUCCACGGAUAUUAUCUUUCUUCUGUAGGAGGGAAGUAAUAUAUCAAAGAAACGCCAUCAUGAGCAAUCUUUUGAAGAAAUUUUCAUAAUUUGUAACUUUUUAAGUUAUACUUUAAAAAAUAUUUUGAUAAUUUUUUACUCAAAAAUUAAUAAACAUUUUAAACGUCA